AUGUACCUCAAACAACUUGCUCUAUUGUGUCUCACUCUUGGCUCCACAUGUGCCUUUGCACCCCAACCCCACUGUGCUUUCACCGCUCGGCCUGCGACUCCUCUAUUUGCCUCCGAAGAAGUCGAGGAGCUUGAGAUGGACACUGAAGAUCGUAUGGGAAAGUCUGUUGAGAGUGCGAAGCAAAAUCUCGGGACCAUUCGAACUGGCCGAGCUUCAGCACAAAUCUUGGACCGAGUUAAGGUCGAUUAUUAUGGCGCUGAGACCCCAGUAAAUCAAUUGGCCGGCAUCUCUGUUCCGUCUGCACAACAGUUGACUGUUGAUCCAUAUGACAAGAGUGUAAUUGGCGACAUUGAGCGCGCAAUCAUCGAUGCUGAUAUCGGGCUUACGCCCAUGAAUGAUGGAAACGUCAUCCGACUCAACAUCCCAGCCCUCACCGAGGACCGAAGAAAGGAAAUGUUGAAGAUGUGCAAGGCUAUUGGUGAAGAAGGAAAGGUUGCCAUUAGAAAUAUCCGUAGAUCUUCUGUUGACGCCGUCAAGAAAAUCGAAAAGAGUGGAGAUAUCUCAGAAGAUGAAAUGAAGGACGCACAAGAGUCUAUUCAAAAGAUGACAGACGCUAAAAUCAAGGAGAUCGAUGAAUUUGUUGCCAAAAAGGAGAAGGACGUCAUGACUGUUUAA